AUGGCUGUUAUUGAUGAAGUUCCUGGCAUCAAGGUCACGGUACAGGUAAAUGGCGAGGAUGCUACUGAGUAUAUCGACCCUCAUGCAUCAGAGUCAGAUAUUGAUGGUGAUCCUGGAUGUCCCGUCGUUUCGAGAUACAUUGAGUCCAUUGACGAUGUAGAGUUCUCGAUCACCGUAGCCAUAGACGACGAUACAUAUGGCUGGAAUGAUGUCGAACAUGAUCAUCUUGCUGCUGUUGUAGAUGUCGAUAAGCAACAGAUUCUUCGACGAGUUAUUAGACCAGGGUACAAAGCUCGGGUAGUGACUGGAGUCAAGUCAUACUCGAAGGGAUCUAACCAGUGGUAUCGCAAACCACUUAAGUUUUCUGCAAUAAGCAUAGUUGAGGACCAAAGCCCAAAGAAAUCCAACCAAGACAUGGAGAUGGUUAAAAAUGCUGGCCUCAUCCAAAUCGCGUUUGAACGCAAGAUGAGAGGCAACAAAACCAUUCCGUUGUCGCGUUCCUUUAAGGGCACCGGCACACUUGAAGUUGCAGAAAAGACACUCAAGAAAAGGUUCAUUUCCCAUUCGACGUCCCUUGGCGAGACAGAAGUAAUCAAGGAACCUAUAUGGUUUUCUUGCCCAAGAAUACCCACGGAUCAUGGUCCAAUCGCAGUUUUCCGCUUCAUGUAUAAAUCUCGAGAGUGUUUAGAAGAGGAACUCAUAAUUCCGCGAUCACUCGACUCCAAUGCUAAGCUUGAGACUGGGCCAACCCGUUCCGCUACCUACCUAUCUAUCAGAGAUCUAUCUAUGGCCGAGGUUCUGCGCCUUGCUCAAGAGAGACUUGAUCAGAUGAAUGGGAUCGAGGCGAACAAAUAUAAAUGUAGAUCUAUGAAGCGAGAAGCGGAUGAAGUUAUAGACAUCGAUCAAGAGGCGAGCAAGGGCCGAGCUGCGAAGCGCUCUACAGUGACGGUCGAUCUAACCGAAGAUUGA